GACACGAAGAGAGUCGAGAAGCUAGAAUGAGUAAGUUAGUUAUGAUUAUAAUUAUAAUAAAAUGUGUCGAGCCUCAUGAUAAUAAAAACGAGUCAAAAAGAGGAAUGAGACUAAGAAUAAAAAAAAUAAUAUGAGCCGGUGAUAAGAUAAGAGACUCAACUGAAUCUCUGAAUAUAAGCCAUCUUUCAAUCCUCCAUACAUAAAGAUUUAUACAUAAUUUACAAAAAGAGAAGAAGCUGAGCAUUAAAGUGUGAAGUGUGAAUGCAUACCUCUUCUAAGCUUCCCUCUUCAACUUCGCCUAGCAAUCGAGCACCGACGUGUUUCGUCGUCGCAGCAUCCAUCAUCUCUUAGUCUCGCCUCUAUUUUAAAUCAAAUCAAAUCAAAUCAAAUCAAAUCAAAUCAAAUCAAAUCAAAUCAAAUCAAAUCACAUCUCACAAGUCCCAGCAAGCAAUCUACAAGAAGAAAGAAAAGCGAUGGCGCCUCCGUGCCGCGUCUUCCCAGCCUCGCAACUCGAAUCCGAGAUCCAAGCUACGGACGGUCGCGCGCGUAAAGGCGGCCGGAUCGACUUGUCCGCCUGCGAACUCUUCUCGAUGGUCCAGUACGAGUGCCAGAUCGACCGACCCGAGGUAUCGAAUAGCCCCGUUCGGUGCUGGCCCGUGCAGCGAUGGUUCCGCCGAUGUCAGGACAAGAAGGGGAGUUUUAUGGUUGAGACUACGGUAUGGGAGGGGAUGAAGAAAGAUGAGAGCGUUGGUGGGGGCGGCACGUAGUUUGAUAAAACCAUUGACUUUAAGAAAUGAAAUAGUUAAGCUAUAUUGUAAGCUAUAUUAAUCAAUUCCUAUUUUAUUCUCAAC